ACACCACCCCACCACACGUCCUGACACACCACCACUGGAAACUUAUAACCCAGCAAGCAGGGAACUCUCUUUACUGCUGUUUCGUGCAACCAGACUAGGCUACAGCAAAGCAAGGUCCUGCUUCAAAAGAACCAGCCUCCUCUACCAGGAAUCCUCUUAAGACAGUCCACACACGCAGCAAGGAGACAAGAUGUUGGUGUUACUGGCUGGUAUCUUUGUGAUCCAUAUUGCCACUGUGAUCAUGCUCUUUGUCUCUACUAUCUCCAAUGUCUGGCUGGCCAGUUCUUUAAUGAACCAAAAUGGGACAGUGGGACUCUGGCUACAAUGCAUAGCUGGGCACUGCAAGCAAGCUGAGAUCCAUACUGAGGAGUCCAUGAAAGCAGUGCAAGCCUUCAUGAUCUUGGCCAUCAUCUUCUCCUUUGUCUCACUGGUCAUGUUCGUUGUGCAGCUCUUCACCCUGGAGAAAGGAAAACGCUUCUACAUCGCUGGCACCAUCAUGCUGGUUUGCUGGCUGUGCAUUUUGAUUGCAGCCUCCAUCUUCACUGCCCGAUACUCAGACUAUUUCAUGUCGUCUCAUCAUGGCUACUGCUUCAUCUUGGCCUGGAUCUGCUUUUGCUUCAGCUUCAUCAUCGGCAUCCUCUACCUUGUCCUUAGGAAGAAAUAAGGAUGACAUGAGUUAAGGGUGGUGGGCUGGAAAUCAGAGAUGGGGAGGAGAAGAAAUCACUCUGCUGGGAGAACUGUUUGGCCAAUAAAACAAAGACAAAACAGCUACUGCAAGCAAAAUAAAAGAAAAUCACAGAAAUUAAUCCACUAGAGAGAGAAGCAGCUCUGCUCUGCCCAGUGCAUCGUGGAUUCCUUGGUCAUAAAGAUACAGAUGAACAGCAAGUAACCAGCCACUGUUAUCCUUGCUCGCAAAGUCAUGCUGAAGUUUAAGGAACCAUCAGACUGCAUCACUGACUCUGUAGGACACCAAGAAAAUGAAUGCUGCAUCUUUUCCCCUUCUCAGUCCCCUUCCUGUUACUUCUUAGUGUGAAUUGUGGGUGGAAUGGUGAGGUUUAAGACUUCUUUUCCCAUGGAAACACUGUCACAGGCCUUUUGUUACAUUUUUUAUUUAAAAAAGUAAAAUAAGAGAGACAUUUCUGAGAGUAAGUUAACUGAAAUUAGACUAAAUUCAAGAUUUAAAAAAAUUUAAACAGCAAUUUCAUCACCUUCCUGUUUCCUCAUUAAGAAAAAGAGUGUAAUUACCAUGAAUAUUUCAGAGACACAUUGGGAUAGGAGGUAAUGCGGGGGAUGAAAACAUAUAGGACGUGAGGGGAAAAGAAAAAGAAGGAAGAAAAGAGGCAGAGCUUUUAAUUACAGAGGAUGCAGUUAUAUCUCAAUAGUAUACAUCCCAAGGAGUCACAUAAAUGUGUCCAUUAUACUUUUCUGUGUAACUUUAUAAAAUAGCAUCUAUACGAAGGCCUCAGGGAGCCCCACCAUGUAGCCCCAUCCAGCUAAAACUGUAAUGUACAUGCUGUAUACUCAACAGGACAGAAAAGGCUUUCCACUCAGAUCAUUGAAGAAAUUAACUUAGGCUCACGGAAUUUCAUCUUCUCGCCAUUAUAACAAUCUGUAGGUUAUCAAUUUUAUUUUCAUUUGUAGCACAAAAUGAGGUAUUUAUCAACAACCCACUGAUCUCUUCAUAGAAAGACAUUUUGUGAUAAGAGCAGAAAUUGUGCCAGUCAGGACUCCUAAAUUCUGUUCCAGUGCUGUCACCAGCUGUGAGACCCUGGCAAGUCAAGGCACUUGUAGGCAGUAACAUCCUCAAAAAUUAUCACUCAGAAACAUUAAUUAGCCUGUCCUGAGCAUCAGGUAGAUGCAGCUAAAGUACUUCUGCUCUGGAUGGUAGUGUGCAUGGAGCAGUAUGGUGUGUCUGAGGGCACUGCUGAUAGGCAUGGGACAUUUACAAUGCAGACACUGUCUCAGCCACUUCACACUUUUGCACCUAUGAUUUCCUAAAAGUAGGCAUAUACAUAAAAACAUUUACCAAACAGAGGUGUUGAGUAGCUUUAUAAAUCAGUGUUAAUAAAUUGAGAUCCCCACAUGAAAGUCUGCAAGGAAAUAUAAACCACUUUUAUGCCACACUACAUCAAGGUAUCCAAUCCACAUAUUUCUGUCCUUUUCUAAAAAAUAAACUCCAUGGUCUAUUUACAAGAGGUCAAGGUUCACCUUGAUGAUGCCCACAAAUAAAAGUUAGGAAACAUCAAGAAUUUAUGGAUGCAGAUUUAGCAAUAACAGUAUUUUCUCUUGCUAUUUCUUUGUUACAUUCUUUUUCUACCAAGGCUUUGUCAAUUUGAUGGACAUAGUCUAGUACUGUAUUCUGUUUCUAUAACAUACUAAGUUUAUUGCAUAUACACUAAUUGUAAAUAUUUUGAAAAAAAUGUUUCUAACUUUUGGGAUAUAAAAAUACACACCAAUUCCAUUUAUAAUACA